CGGAAGGCAAAUCCAUGCCUUGGCGGCACACGUGAGAGGCGAGCUGAGCUGACGAUGGAACCUUCGGCAAACUAGGGAGCUGGUAUCGCAGGGAGGGCGCCCAUGGUCCAUGGCCUACGCGUAAAGCAUCAUGGUCAUCAUGCAUCUUAGCUAACCUGUCAGAGAAGACACUGGUGCAUUGAAAGGGUAGCUGAAUGCGGUGGGUGGAGCCAGUUGGAGAAAAGGGGAGCUCGCGCAGCUGUCUUUGUUCACCGCUUUUGAAAGUAGAUACAAAGGGAGGGCUUCGAAGAUUUGAAGCAAGUGUCCAGUUGAGGAGGAGCUUGUCUUUGCUCAAUGAGACGUGCUGAAAGCUUCUAGUCGCUCAAUGAAAGUAACGGCGUUGAUGAAACGAGAGGAGGGUAAAAGCGAAUGGAGUGACAUUAGGAAGGACUCAGCAAGCUCAGUCACCGAGAGGUGACUUAGCAACACCGAGACUACGAAGUUGACUUGAUACGCCACUCGUCGCUGUUACAGCCUGCUGUUGAGCGGUUGAGUAUGAACGGCAUGUCUGGGUCCCUAGGUCAGGGGGCCUUCCACGCAUCAUACGAUGUCAGGCCUCCUGGCAAGAAGCAGCUUGGGAUUCUCAAGGCUGGGAACCUUUACAUUUCCGGAAGAGGCAUGGGGUGGAAGUCAUGGAAGAAGCGGUGGUUCAUUCUUACCAAGACGCCGACGCGCACGGCGCUCGUCUACUUCAGGGGGGAGCCGAACGGGCCAAUCAAUCCGUCAGACGCUUUGGACGGCAUCAAUCUGGUGAACACGGGAAGGGUGCUGGCGAAGCUGGACAAGAAGAUGAUCAUCCUCAUGUUCCCGGACAACCGCAGCUACACCUUCAAGGCCGAGUCCCUCGACGAGCUCGAUGGGUGGCGUCAGAUGCUCGAGAAAGCGCUGGUCGACGCGCCCAACCCGGAGCCCGAGGGCGAGCCCGAGAGUUCAUACAAGAGCGAUACAAUGGACAGCAGCCGGGACUUCAGCGGGGAGUAUAAGUCCCCCCCUCAGAAGAAACGCCCGCAAAAGUCGCUCGUCAUUGGACGGCCCAUCCUGCUCGCCCUGGAGGACAUCGACGGGAGCCCGUCGUUUCUGGAGAAGGCGCUCCAGUUCAUCGAGACCACCGGCGUGAACGUGGAAGGCAUCCUGCGGCACUCGGCGGACGUGGAACUCGUGGAGAAGCGCGUGCAAGCGUAUGAGCAAGGUGCGAACGAGUUCCGGCCUGACGAGGACGCCCACGUAAUCGGGGACUGCAUAAAGCACGUGCUGCGGGAGCUGCCGUCGUCGCCCGUGCCAGACCUCUGCUGCGCCGCGCUCAUCCGGGCAUAUCGGAAGCCUAAUCGGAACGUCCAAAUAGAGGAGAUGCGCAUUGCGGUGGCCGACAGUUUCCCCGAGCCCAAUAGGCGACUAUUGCAGCGGGUCCUGCGCAUGAUGCUCACGGUUGCGUCAAACUCCUCCGUCAACCUCAUGAACGCCGACGCUGUCGCGCGGUGCAUGGCGCCUCUCCUGCUGCGGCCCAUUUUCUCGGGCGACGUGCCGAUUUUCGUGGACGACGGGGGCGCGGGGCCGACGUCCGAGGAGGAGCACGCGAUGCUGCAGGCGAUGAAUGCGGCGAACGUGGGCGGUGCGCUCAUCCGGGCGAUGAUGAAGGAGUUUGACAAUCUCUUCGUGGAGGACGAGCAUCUUACGAGCGCGACCAUCUCGCGCUCCUUCUCCGAUGACAUGUACCGGGACACGAGCCGCGUGUCAUACCAGACGAGCAUCCCCUCCCACCUCAGCCGCGACAGCGACGCCUCCUCGUCCGGCAUCGCCCUCGACGGAGUCAACGGCGCCCAUGUGCUGACGUCACUCGACGAGCCAACCGUCCGGCACGACCUCAGCGGCACGACCCUGGCGCGGGAGGGCGAGGGCGACCAUUCGGACGCCCAGAGAGGCUAUUCGGACGGCCGGAAAGGCUAUGCGGACGCGCCGAGGGGCUAUUCGGACGCGCCGAGGGUCUAUCCGGAGGCGCCGAGGGGCUAUUCGGACGCCCGGAACGAGCCGGACGUGCGGGAGCUGACGGAGGACGAGGAGCUGGCGGCGAUCGAACGGCUGACGCAGCAGCGCGACGUGCUGGAGGUGGCGGUGUGGAAGAAGAAGGAGGAGAACGCGGGGCUCAAGGAGGCGCUGCGCCUGCGCAAGCAGAGCUUGCAAGACCGGCGGUACGAUCUGGAGCAAGAGGUACGUCGGCUGAACGGCGCGCUGGUGCACGAGGCGGACCAGAACGCGCUGAUGGAGAUUGCGAUGGGCGCCGCGAGCGCAAUGCUGGAGCACUCCAAAGACCUGGACCCCGAGGCGCAGAUGCAGCUGCAGGAGAUUGUGGCGCUCGAAAAGGACGUCACACGACUGCGGACGCAGAUCGACGACCUACAGAUUGACAUGCUCAACAGGCGGAAAGCGUCCGGGCUCGAUGACAUGGACAAGCGGCUGCAGCGGAUAUGCGACCUUAACGCUCUAUCAUCGCAACUAGAGGCGGAGCUGAGCACGGUGCUGAGGAAGUACGCAGAGGAGAAGGAGAAGAACAACGAGAUGCUGGCGCAGAUUGCGGCUGUCGACAUCGCCUCCCGCGAGAGCCAGUACUUCAAGCAGCAGGUCGCGCUUGCAGAAGCCCAGGAGAAGCUGCGCCUCGAAAUGAGCCGCGCCCAAAUUCUGCAACAAAGCGGGGGGCUGCAACAGGCUGCGGGGCUGCAACAAUUUGGAGUGCUGCAACAAAUGGGGGGGUCCAAAGAGCAGUCACCGGCGAGGGGGGGGCUCGCGGGGGGGUCCGCUCCCGCCACGCCGAAAGGCCCCCUGAUGCGCUUGCCCCCCGUGCCGUUAACGGGGGGCGGAAAGCGGAGCUUUGGGGCGGUGAAUCUGCACAGGCUCGGUUCCGAUGGCGCGGACUACUUGAAGAACCAACUAGAGGCGGCGGGGAUUGUCACGGCGGCCGACGAUGACGAGCGCGACAGCCCGAGCAGCGAGGACCGGCGGUCGAACCUGAGCAACGGGGAUUCCGGUUCCGUUUCCACCUCGUCCGCCAGCAUUCCGCUGGUCUCGACCUCUCGAGGGCUCGGUUCGCUGGAUUCGCAGGUGGCGUACUCGCAGGAGCGGCGCAUGCAGCUGAUGCGACAGCUGCAGGAGCUGUCGAGCCCGACGGGCGGGGGUGGGCGGCGCGCCCACUCUGGUUACGCAAGCUACCGUGAGGCGGUGCCGUAUGCCGUGAGCCCGUAAUGGGCUCGCUGUGGUAGGUUGGGUGGGAUUUGCGAGUUUGUAGAAAUAGUGUCAAAGGGGUCUGAGUAUGGGAACGGCAGCAUAAGCAAAGGGCUUAGGAUGGAGCUGACCUGUGGGCGGGUUUGUAUUUGAUGAUGUCACAAAGUCGUCUGCAUAUGGGGUGCUGGGAAUGCCUGCCGGUGUGUCUGGCAGGCUGCUUCGGCUGAAAGAAGUGCAGUGGGACGCGCUUUGGGGGAUCGCGUCAGGUCACCCAUGUUGAGCUGCGCUCGCUGCAAGCGAUGUGCAUCAUGCGUUUGGCUGGGUGGAUACGAUCAGCCUGUUAUAAAGUAAGAUUGCUGCCGUUUACCUGUUGCAUGAGAGAACAGAAGACUUCGUAUUGACAAUAUCAGAGGAAAAUUAGUUCCAAAGGUAGUAGUAUGUUGCUAGCUUAGGGCGACUUACACGUCAAUUGUAGUAUGUAGGAAGUCGAAUAUAGGAAGGCUCCAAAGCAGCGGCUGCCCGCAUGCAUGCUUGAGUAGUAGGAUGGCAUACCCUGUGUCUAUAUAUUGGCUAAAUUCUUACAUGGUUGGAAUUUCAGCCUCAGUGAUCGUCGAGAGUGCCUAGCAUUUGCAACUUAGGUCUGGGAAUGAGUUUGGGGGCCACCGCAUAGGGCGUCACUUAGUCCACAUUUGCUGGCCAAGUCUGCACAAGAGAUUCAUGAGUCGGUUCCAAUGAUCACGGACAAAUCAAUCUGCUCGUUUCAAGAGUAAUGAAGUUUAAGAUCAAAGAAGCUCGAAGCACAUAU